UCCAAGACAGUGGUGGCUCCAGCCCUUUCACCCUGGCAAUUUUCCCCACCUUUCCCACUCCUUAGUGACUAGCAGAAAUAGCUUUAAACUAAAGUAGGCUGGUAUUUUUGGCUCCCUUUGUUUUGGGUGCAGCCCACUCUGGCAGCUUUUCAGAAACAGAAUCUAGUCCUAGCGUUGAAAGAGGCUCUGUAUUCUUGAUGUAAGCAGUGAGAGCAUGACUUGGUGCAAAGGCAAGGCCCUGCAAAAGGAGAGCCAUAAGAAAUAGAGCUGCUCUAGGAAAGCUUUAAUGGGAAUCCUAAUGAAGCAUAUCUUUUAAUGAAACACCUUGCAAUGGUUUGCUGUCUUCCAUUUGCUCUGGCUUACACUUCGUAGCUUCCUCGAUAUUAAGUCUUUCCUGAGUAGAACACAAACUUUUGGAGGCAUGUGCUGUUACUGAAACGUCGCUGCCAAGUGUGUUCCAUAACACAAGUGAAACCAAGUCUGAGGCAAGUGAUAGACGAGUUUCUGACACUCUGGUGUUUUCUGAGAUCAAGUGCAAUGAGCCAAUAAGACUCAUUGGUGGUUUUACAUGAUGGGCAUGCAGAUAGUUCAGACCUGACAACAGCUCAAGUUGGCUUGAAUUCUUUGUAAUGCCCAUUUAAGGCUGGAAUGGACAAAUGGAUGGAGGCUGCUGCAAACUGUGGCUGUGGGCCAAUCACAGGAUUUGAUUGUGGCUGUGGACCAAUCAAAGGACUUGAUUCAGACCCCACUUCAGCUAUUCCAGAGGCAUUCCAGUUCAGCACAGCUGCUUGCACAGUGCAUGGCCCAUCAUCCACUCUUCCUACUUCCUCCUCCUUUUCCCUCUCACCUCCCUUCUGUCCUUCUGGGCUUCCCCCACUUCCAUGAAAUUAGGCUGUAGGCUGCAAAUGACCCUUGGGCUGCAAGGUGUGCCCCCAGACCCAAGCCAUACAGUGUGAUUUCAGAGGCUUGCUAGACCCAGGUCCUGCCUCUGCUUCAAUAAUCACCAAACGGAGUUAGCAUCAUAGUUCACACAUUUCUGCCUAUUGAAUGCAUCCUAAUUAAUCCAUGCAGCACUCCAGCCAGGGAGGUUAACUGACCAGGCUUCAAGAAGCUAAAUGAUGGAUCCUUCUCUUGAUAAAGAGGGCAUGUUCUUGAUUUUCCCUUCUCUGUUCCUAAGGCUGCAGAAGUUUCCAGGGCAGCCGUAAGUGCAGGAUUCCCAUGACACUCCUCUGGAGAAGUUUGCUCUCUAGUGAUAUAGUCUACCAACCUGAAAUUCUGCCUUUUUGCUUCUAUAACUGAAGUUUAGAUCUCAGGUAGUUUGCACCUCUUUGUGCUUUCUAGACCAUUCUUUUUUCCUCCCUCUUUGCAGCACCAUGGGUAGCUUUAAAAAAAUCUCUUAGCACUUGCCCAAGGCCCUUUUUCCCCCUGCCCUGCAUAUCAGAUCUUUAUUUGAGGUUGUUCUCAAAUGUGCUUCUACAUCACCUGGAUUCUAGAAAGGAAAACUAUUUGCAGACCAAACAAUAUUUCUCAAGAGGUCUGCUGGUUUUAUGGCCUCUAUCCACAGAGUGAAGGCAAGCAGGAUCACUUUUUGCCUCAGUCAAGCUUCUGCAAACAUUAUCAAGAGAAAUGGUACAUAUUCAGAAGUGCUUGUGCAGAACAUAUGAAUCUAUGUCACUUCCUUUUGGUUUAUGCUCAGGCAUUCCUGUGACUCUCCACAUAGGAUAUACUAAGAGAGUUUGACCCAGUUAGUAUGUCACAGCAACUUGAGGUUAAAAAAAAUCUUGGGUUGUUCUGAAUGAAAUGGAAGAGGUGAAUCUGCUGGCUCCUGCCACUUGAUAGCUCCCAUGGCAAACUAAACAGCUUAGGGAUACCCUAUCCUUGGGUUAUUAAUCAUGACAUGCGAACCAGGAAUUCAAGGUUGUUGAGGAAAGACAAUCCUGAGUUGACAUCCAUAGUUUGACUUGUGUCAAACGGCCCUGGGUCAUUUAGCCCCAGUGAGAGACACUGGGGAGCAAGAACCAGCAGACCCAUUUGGUUCACAAUGAACUAGAUUUCUUUUUUGUUUUUAAAAACCUAGGUUGUUGUGACAUGGUCCACUUAGAACAUCAGACCAUGCUUCUGAAACCUUGCCAUGGUCCGUGCUUGGUGACAUGCAGUAAACCAACCACAAUUGAAAACUCCCUGUUUUGACUUUCCUUCUGUUUGAUACUCAGUGUCAUGUGUUCUCCCGCAUCUCUAUGGGGCAGCAGGUACUUGGGGCAGCGCAAUUCCAGUCUUCUUGCUAUAGGCUCCCUUUGAACCGGCAACCCACAGUUAGCAUAAGCUUCAGUCUGAGAUUCUGGUUUUCAACCACCGACUAACCAUGAUUUUUGGAUAGGCUUGAAUUCAGGCUGUAAAAGCAAACCAUGGUUUAGCUCCAUCUCCCCUAACCUUGUUUCUUCCAGAAGUUUAAGAAAGACUGUUGUAGCUAAAGAAACCCUGGUGCCAUGCUUUGUCUGAACCCAGCCUGUGCCUUCCCCAAGAGCAUUCAGUGAAUUGCAAACAUCCAGACUUACAGCUGUCCCACAUUGCCCCAUCCUUCCAGGAUGGUACUCCUUUGUCAAAUGAUUCACUGCCAAUUCUGCCAACAAGGUGUUGGCCAGAAUUUGCAGAGUCUUAAACUUGCUUAAUAGCUCUGCUUGCAACACAGCACACAUGUUAACAGUAGAAAUUGCUCUAGAGUCUAAUCAUAAAUGCUUCUAAUAACCUUUGGCCUUGCUUUGCAUGUGGUCUGAUGCUAUGAUGUAAUGCAGCAUUCACCCUCAAAGCAGCCUGAAUUUCCUAUGUAAAAACUUUGUUCAGGCAUGAACUUUGCUCCUCCAGAUUUUCUGAUCGGAAUAUCCCAAUGUCUCCAACAAAGGAAACUUGCAUGCUGCUUAAAUGCUAUUUUACUUUCUUGUAAUUUUUCUUCCCAGGUAAAAGCUACAGGGCAGGAACUCUUUGACCAAGUUUGCAAUGCACUGAAACUUAAAGACCCACACUUCUUUGGCAUCAGUGUGGUAAAAAACAAUGAAUAUGUAUUUAUUGACCUGGAGCAGAAACUGUGCAAGUACUUCUUAAAAGAGUGGAAGAAAGACGCCAACAAAGGAACAGAGAAAUUCAGCCCUCCUUUGGUUGCUUUCUUCAGAGUACAGUACUAUGUAGAAAACGGACGGGUCAUAAGCGACAAGGUUGCACGGCACUAUUACUACUGCCACCUCAGGGAACAAGUGUUGAAGUCUUGGUGCCCUGACAAAGAAGAAGUCUACUUCCUCCUGGCUGCGUAUGGGCUUCAGAUUGACUUGGGGGACUACCAGGAAAACUUCCACAGAGGGAACUACUUUGAACCCCAGACAUAUUUCCCUCAGUGGAUAAUUGCAAAGCGAGGCAGUGAUUAUAUCCUGAAGCAUGCCCCGGAGAUGCAUCAGGAGCAGCAAGGCCUCUCCACUCGAGAAGCUAUUCUGAAGUAUGUCAAGGAGUCGUGUUUGCUGGAAGAUGUGCCUGUCCACUUCUACAGACUGCAAAAGGAUAAGAAGGAGGACCGCCCUACAGUCAUCCUUGGCCUGACACUCAAAGGGGUGCACAUCUAUCAGGAAGUGAACCACGUGCGCCAGCUGCUCUACGAUUUCCCUUGGUCUCAUAUCGGGAAGCUUGCCUUUCUUGGGAAGAAGUUUGUGAUCCAGCCAGAUGGUUUGCCUUCUGCCCGGAAGCUGGUUUACUAUACCGGUUGCCCCUUCCGUUCUCGGCACCUGCUGCAGCUGCUCAGCAACAGCCAUCGGCUCUUUCUGAACAUCCAGCCCAUCCUUAAGCAGAUCCAGAUGUUGGAAGAUGCAGAAGAAAAGAAGCGAUACCGGGAAUCCUACAUCAGCGAUACCUUUGAAAUGGAUCUUGAUCCAUCAGACAAGCAUUCCCAUGAUGGCGGCAGCAGCAGAGGAAGUGAGAGGAACAACCGGCUGUCUCGACAAUCAACAGACAGCCACAGCAGCUCACACACGUCUGGCAUUGAGGCUGACUCAAGGCAUCGGAUAUCAGUGGAAAUGUCUGUGGACGAGCCCUUUGGUUUGGUCCAUCAGGCAGAGCAGUUUUGCGGCUCAAAGAUCAGCUACGGCAGCUCCAGCAUUGACAGUGGCAGCAAAGAGAGAGCAGAUGGUGCUCGGGAUGAUGAAAUUGAAUUGGGAGUAGAUGAGCCAGAAGAGGUCCCUGUGGACGGUCCUCAGCUGGUGGAAGACACUCAUGAGAGGUCUGUAGAUCCACAGACAGAAGACGACGUUUGCUGCCAAGACAUGAAUAAGAACCAUCUUUCAGUAGUGCAAGUCACCUUGAUUAAGGUCCAAGGUCAAAGCGUGGAAUCCCUUCAUCAGAUCACACAGCCAAAGACUAUGAAGUGCCCAGACCAGCACAGCCAAAGUCUGGAUGACAUUCGUCUUCACAAGCAUCUUCAUUCGCCACUGAGCGCCACACUGUCUGCCAAUACCUCUCGUAGCUACACUUUUGGUUUUGCCUUAGAGGAUAAGCUGGCCAGCUAUGGAUGUGUGUAUUCAACCGCUGACUGUAAAACCAAGUCAGCCCUCUAUGGAAAGAGGUCCAUGAACUGCCUGUCUCUGGAUCUUUUGGGAGAAGAUCAACUCCCAGAAGAAUUUGUGGUGUGAUCAUACUAAAGAGGCUCUUGCUGGAGAACAUUCACAAAAAAUGGAACGACAGCUGAUCUGUUGGGAAACAGAAGACAGUCGAUGGCUCCUAGUCAUGACAUCUAUGCCUUACCUCUAGCAUCAGAGGCAGCAUGCUCUGAACACCAGUUGCUGAGAAACAUGAUUGGGAAGGUGCUAUUAUUAUUGCCACAGGCGGCCAAUGGGCCACUGUGCCCACAGAAUGCUAGACUAGGUGGGCCUGUGGCCUGAUCCAGCAGGACAGUUAUGCUUGUUCUUUUGUCUAUCUAUACAUGCACACAUGUACACACCUCAUUAAGUGAGAUACUCUCCUUCCUUAUUGCUGUCCUCUGUAGUUUAUCAUGUUGUUCUAUCCAGCAGAUCUGAUCGAAGUGCAAGCUAGUAAUUGAAGCAUAGCAUCUUAAGUGUUCCAGUGAUACCAGACUAGGAAUCAGAGGACUGCUCAUGUACUAUUGGGUGGUCCAGCUUGCUCACUAAAGAGGCUGGUGAGCAAACUGCACAAAUAUUGAACACACAGAAUGAUUUGCCUACUAUAUUCCAAAAUGUAGCAGUAUAUUGGCUAGGAUGUAUAAUUCUUAUGGAGGCCGUUAUCCUAAAAUGGGUCUUCAUCUACUGUCUACCAGUCUGAAGCUCUGUAACUCUGGUGUUAUAGGCAGCAGGGCAUCUGCCUUGCACCAUAUGCAAUUUUCAGGGUGUGUGAACCUUGUCCUUGUGGUUCUACACCUGCUGGGCAAAUUUACAUUAUCAGUAAAUCAUUAGGGUAGGGGGUAAACCCUUAGAGGCUCUUCUCUCCCCCGUGGUUUUUUGUUUGAUUUUUUUUUCUCAACAGUUUCUUGAAAACCUUUGGGGACUGCAGUGUGCACAAUUCUUAGGAACAGAUAGCAUUUCUACAGUAAUACUUGUAGGGUGCUGAAUUGUGCCAAGGAACAACAUGGAAGAAACAACAGCAAAAAAAAAAAAAAAAGGUACACAAUCUAGAAUUGACAUGCAGGUCAAGAUCUGUAAGUUCUUUAGGCCUUUGUUGUUGCACAAGUGAUGCACAAGUUACUUCCAGAUUUAGCCAUACUUAAAGUAGGCUCAUUGUAAUCAAUGGGAGUUGGUUAUGAUUGCCCCAAGUCCCAUAGUUUCCAAUGAGGCUACAGAUAAGGAUGGCUACAUUUGGGUCCAAUCCCAGAUAAAGGUUAGUCUGCACUGAAACCCCUGCACUUCAGUGGGACAGAUCAGCUUUACCUUCUGCAUGACUUUUUUUUGGGGAAAGAAGGAAAAUUCCUUCAGCUAAUGUUGAAAUUCAUUCAUUAUUCUGAAAUAUUGUUUAGUUAAUCUUUGCUUUACUUUACAAAAAGAAAGUAGUCUUGAUUUUUAGCAGCAGUGCAAAGGGUUUCAUUGAAUUGCUUUGUGACAAUUGUGUGCCACAGCAUGUGGUCAUUCUAAGGCCAGGUGCUGUGGAGGUGGAGAGGUGGAGAAUGGCACUAGAAAAGAUGCACUGGAAAAAGAAGCCACCACUGUCCUCAUCUGCCAAGGAAGUC